AUGCAAAAUAGGGCGAAGCAGCAGGUACAGAGCGAGAAGAAAAAGACGAUACAGAGCAGGAUCAACGAACUUACUGGGGAAGAACCGGAAUACAAUUUCAAUAAGCUACGAAGCACAGGCAUCAAAGUGCUCCGGAAACGCCUACAACCUCUAGAGGAGGCGCAACAGUCCCAAUACCCUCUCCUAAAUGGGAGCAGUAACAUUGGUACGACUUUUGAACCGGAGGAGGAACAACAAAAGGGAGAUACGGGAAUGCUAGACGAAGGAGUGGGGCGAGAACAUGAUCCGGUUUGGGGUAAGGAUGAGGUUGACGAGGCUUUAGCUUGGUGGUCACAGAGCUUUGGUGGCACUGCUGUAAGCUGGACAGGGUUACAGGAUGACGACUUUGCUAUGUUGCAGCCCCAGGCCAGCGUUGCGACUAAUCUUGACGAAUUCCAUUGGGAUCUUCUAAAUAAUGAGCAUUAUUAUCCACCGACUUGA